AUGCUUUUGGCCGCAACAAAUAUUAUAGCCUUUUUUAAAAAUUCAACUUAUGAAGUCGAGGAAGAGAUUCAAAAUACUUGUGAACUACGAUCGUGUGUGUUAUUUCCAUAUGUAACUUUGGGCGAUAAAUGUGGUUUGGAUGAAGGUUUUAAUAAAAUUUGUGUUAAUUCUAACGCAGUAUGUUCUCAAGGCCUAGACGGAAUUAUGAGUUGUGUGUGUGAUAGAAAUUAUACUAACAUAGAUGGACAGUGUGAGAAUGUACCAAGCAAAUUAUUCGUGAAAGAUUUUGUUAAUGAAACUAUUACACAGGGUGAAAACAUAACGAUAGAUUAUGAAUUAACAGUUCUAACCUUGAAUAAUAUUCAGAUUGACACCAUACCCAAUAUAUCAAAUAACUUUAAGUAUGAUAGUUCCAAUGGAGAACUUAAAGUGUGGAUUUUUAACACUCGAAAUCUAUUAUUAGAGAAUUUUAUGAUUCGAAUGAGGGCUGUAUACGGUGAUGUUGAAGUUCAAGAUUCGACACUGGUACAUUUACAUACUAUAAAACCAGAUAUUGAAGAAUGUACAACAGUUUUUCCACAACAAGAAGUCACAAAUGUCACAUUGGGCGAUGAGUGUAGUUUUGAUAAUGAUAUUUAUAAAAUCUGUAUUGAUCCCGACACAGUCUGCUCUAAAACAGAAGGAAAAUGUAAAUGUGAUAGAAACCAUGCUGAAAUAGACGGACAAUGUGUGGAACUACCAGAUAAGUUAUUUAGUAACAAGUAUGAAUACCAAGUUAUUCUUGCCAAUAUAGAGCCCAAUAAAGCUUUGACAUUAUCAUAUUAUGUUCCUGGAAAUCGUACGCUGCACUGUAUGGAAUCCAGGUUCUUUAUUGGAUUGUCCGCUGGCGAAUACAACCAGUCUGGACCCUCGACAGAAAGACUGUAA